ACGUCAGCGCGCGGCGUCACGUCCGGGGCGGGCCGUCGGCGUCCCCUCGACCUCGGGCGGGCGGGAGCGAUGGCGGCGGUGUCGGUGCGGAGCCUCCCGCUGCGGCCCUACGGCCGCCUCCUGCUGCCGCGGGCCCCGGCCGCGCCCGCCCCGGCCUCCCGCUCGUCCUUCGCGGGGCUCCCCCGGGGGCGGCGGGUGGCCCUGUCGGCGCUGGGGCUGCUGGCGGUGGGCGGGGGGGGCCUGGCCCUGGCCCUGCGCUCGCCCCUCGCCGCCGGCGAGCUGGAGAUGCACCCGCCCAGCUUCCCCUGGAGCCACGGCGGCGCCUUGGCCGCCCUCGACCACAGCAGCCUGCGGCGCGGCUUCCAGGUGUACAAGCAGGUGUGCUCGGCGUGCCACAGCAUGGAGUACGUCGCCUUCCGCAACCUCAUCGGCGUCACCCACACCGAGGCAGAGGCCAAGGCGCUGGCCGAGGAGGUGGAGGUGCUGGACGGCCCGGAUGAUAACGGGGAGAUGUUCAUGCGCCCCGGUAAAAUCUCCGACUACUUCCCCAAGCCCUACCCCAAUGCCGAGGCGGCGCGAGCCGCCAACAACGGGGCGCUGCCCCCCGACCUCAGCUACAUCGUCAACGCCCGGCAUGGGGGCGAGGAUUACGUCUUCUCCCUCCUCACCGGCUACUGCGACCCCCCGGCCGGCGUGGCGGUGCGGGAGGGGCUGCACUACAACCCCUACUUCCCGGGCCAGGCCAUCGGAAUGGCCCCCCCCAUCUACAACGAGAUCCUGGAAUACGAUGACGGCACCCCGGCCACCAUGUCACAGCUCGCCAAGGACGUCUGCACGUUCCUGCGGUGGGCGGCGGAGCCGGAGCACGACCACCGCAAACGGAUGGGCUUGAAGCUGCUGCUGAUCUCGGGGCUCCUCGUCCCCCUCAUCUUCUACAUGAAGCGCCACAAAUGGUCCGUGCUGAAGAGCAGAAAAAUGGUUUACCGGCCCCCCAAGUAGGGGGGGGGGAAAGCGGGGUGUCCCCCACCCCGGCGGCACCGCCUGGGCCACGCACAAGCCCUGGGCUGCGGGGGGGGGCGCAGCCAGCAGCGCGUACCCCCGCCCCAGCUCCUUAUUUAACAUCGCCCUCAGACCCCCCGGGUGCUGCCGCCCGCCCUCCCUGCGGUCGGGGGGAUGCCGGCACCUGUGCUCGGAGGGGCUGGGGGGGGCACGGAAAUAAAAUCUCGGUUGUUGGA